AUUUCUCUUUCAAUGUUUAUUACAUUUUCUUUUAAUGGUUAACUGGUUAAUUAGUGUUAUUAAUUUUUCUUCUGUGAAUUUAUUUUAAAUUUUUAAUUCUAUUGAGACCUUGGAUCAUUAAGUAACCGUUUGUUUCUUUUUGUGGCUCUUAGUGUUUUGCCUUUUCAUAGAAAUGACUCUAAGACCAGUUGAAGUUGAUUUCAACGAGAGUUGGGGUCGACUACGCAAUACACUUGAAUCUGUGAUUUUGUUGAAUAAUGUUAACAAGGCUGAAUGGUCUGAACGAUUUUCCGAUGUUUAUAAGAUGUGUGUUGCUAAGCCUACACCCUAUCCUGAUGAACUAUACGAGGAGACGAAAAAAUUUAUCAUCAACCAUGUGAAAAAGUUGCAUUCACAGAUAUGCUUGCGAGUUCAAAUGGGUGAUAACCUGUUGGUUAAUUAUUAUCAAGAAUGGUUGGUUUAUCGGGAUGGAAUUCAAUUUAUGGAUAAAUUGUAUAUGUAUCUUAAUAAUCAACACCUUAAGAAGCUUAGAUUAGGUGAAGCUGAGCUUAAUUAUGGUUAUGCUGAUGCGGAAGAUCAAAAAUUGGAAAUUGGUGAAUUGGGUCUAUCCUAUUGGAGAAAAUAUAUGAUUGAACCUUUGUCAGAUGAUUUGGUUGAUCUUUUACUUCAAGCAUUCGAAAAUGACCGUUUGGGUAACCCUACGAAUGAGAGUGUAAUCCAAGGAGUAAUCGAAUCUUUUGUUAUGGUUGAACAGUAUAAGAAGGAGAAAGACCUCAAUCUUUACAGAGACAUUUUCGAAACACCAUUUCUAGAGGCAACCCGGAAAUAUUACUCAAGAGAAGCUUCUAAAAUUCUUGCUCAAUGUGAUUGUUCCCAAUACAUGGAAAAAGUUUUACAACGUUUGGAUUCUGAGAUAUUACGAAGUCGUAAAUAUUUACAUGUAUCAUCACACGCUAAAGUUAGUGAGGUUUGUGAAGAGGAAAUGGUUGCUAAUCAUCUUGACUUUUUACACGCUGAAUGUCAACGAAUGGUGAUCAGUGAAAGUAGAAAAGAUCUUCACAAUAUGUUUAAAUUACUCAAACCAAUCGGUCCUGGGAUACAACAUCUCGUUUCUGAGGUUCAAAAACAUUUCACCAAAAUUGGUUUAGAUGCCAUAAUUAACUUGUCUGGAGAAAAUAUUGCCAAUAGUUUUGUUGAAAAUCUUUUGGAGGUUUAUCGUAAACAGAGAGAUCUGAUUAACGAUGUUUUCAAUUCGGAUCAACAGUUUAUUGGAGCCCUGGACAAAGCGUGUUCAUAUGUUAUUAAUCAUCGAGUCAAUUCAAAACUUCCUUGUCGAUCAGCUGAGCUUUUGGCUCGUUACUGUGACUCUCUUUUGAAGAAAACCUCUAAAAGUGUUAACGAAUUUGAAAUUGAUGAGAAGUUACGACGAUCGAUAACCAUUUUCAAGUAUAUUGAUGAUAAGGAUGUUUUCCAAAAAUUUUACGCCAAAAUGUUAGCCAAAAGGUUAAUCCACUCACAAUCAGUCUCAAUGGAUUCAGAGGAAUCAAUGAUUAACAAAUUAAAACAAGCCUGUGGUCACGAAUUCACCUCUAAACUUCAUCGUAUGUUUACCGAUGUUAAAAUCUCCAAUGAUUUAAAUGAUUCUUUCUCUGAUUGGUUGAAAAAUGAUAAACGUGAUUUGGGUGGAAUUAAUUUUAACAUUUUCGUCCUUCAAGCGGGCGCUUGGCCAUUGGCACAGAAUUUAUCUUCUCCCUUCUCAAUGCCACAGAUAUUGGAAAAAUCUUGUUCCAAUUUUGAAUCUUUCUACAAUGAGACUUACCAUGGUCGUAAAUUAACCUUCCUCCAUCAUCUAUCAACCUGUGAAGUGAAAAUUUGCUUCUCAAAGAAACCCUAUUUGGCCUCAAUGUCGACCUAUUAUAUGGCCAUUUUACUUCUCUUCGAAAGUACCGAUAAAUUAUCUUUCAAGGAAAUCCAAUUGAGCACUAAUCUAACCGAAGACCUUUUAUCCAAACAUCUUAGUAUGUUAAUAGAGAUGAAACUUCUUAAUCACGAUCAUGUUAACACCCUUACCGAUACUUCAACCAAUCCACCAAUUGUAGUCGCUGGUAAACCAAUACCCAACAGCGAGGAAGGUUCAUCGCCCACUUUGAUUAAAUACACUUUCGAACCUGAGACCCAAUUAACGUUGAAUCUCAAUUUUGUAAGCAAACGAACACGUUUCAAGAUCCUCGCCGUCAAUCAAAAAGAGGUCACUCAGCAACAAGAAGUUGAACAAACUCACUCAUCGGUCGACGAGGACAGAAAACUUUUCCUUCAAGCUGCUGUCGUACGAAUAAUGAAAGCUCGUAAAAUAAUGAAACAUAAUCAACUAAUCCAAGAGGUGAUAGAUCAGGCCAAGAAUCGAUUCGGUCCAAGUAUACCAAUGGUAAAAAAGUGUAUCGAAGCGCUCAUCGAGAAACAAUAUCUAGAAAGGACAGCAGCCCAAGAUGAAUACAGUUACAUUGCUUAAAGUAUCAAAGGAACACCAAUUUUUUGAAAAUACUUUCGACGAUAAAUACCUCGAAUAUUGUUUUGUUUAGCUUGCUGAUUAUCGAACAUUUUAAUCCCAGUGUUUUCUCUCGUUCGUUCUUUUUUUGUACAAAUCUUGUUUAUAAACAGAUUCUCCCUUUCUCUUGCUCUUUGUUUUACUUUUUUCCUCUUUCACCAACUAAUCCUAAUGGAAGCAAACAAAAGUGAGAGACUUGUAAACAUCACAAAAAAUAACAAUAUAAAUAUAUAUUUGAACGAGUAUAUUAAUAUAUUUAUAAAUGUUAUUAUUGUUAUAAAUGUAAUAUCAGGCAAUUAUCCUGAAAGCAAAAGAGAGUGAUAAUUACGAGUAUCCAUCCAUCCAUAUCAUUAAUAUUAUCGAUUAACUUGAAUAACUUUCAAUAAUCAAUUAAUAUUGGAAAAAUAAUCUUCACUCUCUUUCCCAUUAAUUGUAAUCUCCCUCUGUCACUUUCAUAGUUUCAAUGUUCAAUCUUAUUGUUUUCAAACUUUGAUGACCAUUAAUUGUACAAAAAAAAACUGAAACAUUUAAUUGAAAACAAACGCAAGCAUAAUAUGUUCAACAAUUAACCCUAAACAAUCAACUAAGACACAACGUAAACUGGCAAAGUGAAUUACAAUCAAUGGUCAAUGUUUUUCCAGAAUGGAUCUUCUUGUUAAUCAUGAGAAUCAUUUUUUUUUUGUGUCAAAAUCAAUGCAAGAAAAACAAAUACAAAUCCCUGUCACUUUUACUCCCUGAAAAAUUAUAUAAUUAGCAUCUAAUUAUAUUUUAUCUCUUCUCCCCUUCCACUAAUUGUAUUAAUCGUGUAAAAUGAAAAGUAAUCACUAAUUUAGAAAUAACAAUUACCGUUGAUAUGAAAA